AAAUAUGAAGUACAGGACAAUAUUUCCCUCUGAAAUGUUGAGGAGUGGCAAAAAAUCAAAUUUACUUAUUUACUUCCCACCAGUGAUGAUAAGAUGUAUAGUCUGUUUUUCCACGGCCUUUAUUUUGAAAUGUUUUCACCGGAAGUCUUGAUUCUGGUCCUCCUUAGCAAAUUUUGAGAUGAACCAACGCGCAUGCGCAGUCCUGUUAAUCUACAUUAAACAAUCCUAGGUGGGCAUCUUGAGCUGAUCUGCAAAUAUCAUCGACUAAUUCACGGUAAUUGAACACAUCACCACCAUGGCAUCCAGUGGAUAUUAUCUUCAGGCAGCGGUGCUCCUUCUGGCUGUGCAGCUCCUCUGUCUCGGUGGUGCAGCCGAUGCGGAUCAGGACACUGGGACUGUCAUCCCUGCAGAAAGUCGCCCAUGUGUGGACUGUCAUGCAUUUGAGUUUAUGCAGAGGGCACUGCAGGAUCUAAAGAAGACCGCGUUCAACCUUGAUGCCAGGACAGAGACGCUGGUGCUGAGGGCGGAGAGGAGGGCUCUGUGUGACUGUAUGCCCACCAACUCACUGCGCUGAUUACACCUGAGGACGCCUCCACCUGUCAUCACACCCCGACACACUGACGACAACCCUGUUCCAAACCUCUACUCAUGUACAGCGAUUUUCAUCUUAACUUAUUCUCGCAAUAGGCACUUUAUUUUCUUUUCUCUCAUAUCACUGUUGGGUGAAGCUUUGAUUUGAAAUCGUGCAUCAGAAGGCAUGUUAUUGUUUUGCCUUAUUCGGGGCGGCUUUUAUACCACUGAUGUUUUACAUUGUGAAACACAUGGCUGUGAAACUAGUUUGUUUUCAUCGUCAUAGGAUUUGGGUCAGUUCUCAUCCGUCUCCUAUGAGGCAUAAACUAUUUUUUGUACUUUUUAGUAUUUGACUGUAUAAUGUAGAUACAGUAGAAUGCAUUGAUAAAUUCACUUGUCGAAUGUGUUGUAUGAGAUUAAUGUUUACGACGAUUAUACACAUCAAACUGUAGCAUCACAUGGAAUUUAUUUAACUGAUCAAAAUAUUUCAAUAACAUUAAAAUAAUUUAGGAAUUUCACAGAUUCAAAUUAGUUGAUUUGCAGCCUGGCUUCUUUUGCAUAAAAAAAGGUUGGGUAACUUAUUAAAGAAUAUUUUUCUUUGUGAUAUAACCAUGAGGAUUUUUCUUUGUAAAGAAAUCAGCAGAAAUAAUAAUUUUACCAGAAGUUCAAACAAUAUUUUCAGACUUUUUUUAGGCAGAAAAAGCAUACUUGUAGGUCUUGAUUUAGCACAGCACUGUAGCAUGAAUUUACAGCACUUUUUGUUAACCUGCUGUUAAUGUACAGUAGAUUGUAUGUAUAGAUUAUGUAUAUGUACACGGGUCUUCUUUGUCUGACAAAGGUGUAUGCAAGAAUAGUGAUAAAAUUAUAUAGUAAUUAAAUGAGCUGCAAUAUCGACGGGUGAAGGAAGGACGGAUAGAGGAACACUGGCUGCAGCAGGGGACAUAGAGAUAGAAAUAAUAAUUGUCUUAUUGUUGCUUGUUCAUGAACAGUGUACUUUGUUAACAUUAUGUCACAAGACACCCCAUUUUUUUGUCUUAAUGUUGUACCUAUCAAUAAAAACAAUGAAUGAUCUUUAA